AGCAAUUAUUGUUAUAACUAUUAUUUUUGUAAAUUUUUAAGAUACGUGGGUCGUUCAAUAAGUCCUUAGAAAAUCCAAUAGAUGGCGCUCGUAGCCUCAAAAAUGGCGCGUUUUUUGUAAGCAUGAUGUCUCACUAGACAGUUGUGAAAAUCUCAGUCAUAUCCAUCAUAUGGUUUAAUUUUUAUUGUCAAUUGAAGCAAGAAACUUUUGUUUAUUUAGAAAAAUGGAAAAAAGUGAGUUUCGAGCGGUGAUUAAACACUUAUAUUUAAAAGGCUUAACACCAAAAGAGAUCAAAGCUGAGUUGGAUGAAGUUCAUGGCACAUCUGCUCCUGUGUUUGCAACUGUUUACAAUUGGGUUAAUGAGUUCAAACAUGGUCGUACAUCCACAAAAGAUGAACAUCGUUCAGGACGUCCAGUGGAAGUGACUACUCCCGAAAUGAUUGACAAAAUCCACGAUAUGGUUUUGAGUGAUCGACGAAUCAAAGUGCGUGAAAUAGUUGAGGCCACAGGCAUAUCACAAGGUACAGUGUUUUCAAUUUUGCACGAAAAAUUGGGUGUGAAAAAAAUCUCGGCAAGAUGGGUGCCGCGUUUGCUCUCAGUGGAGAAUAAACGUAAUCGUGUGGUCGACUCUGAGGCAAUUUUGGCACUUUUUCGUUGCAAUCCUGACGAGUUUCUGCGUCGAUACAUAACAGUGGACGAAACAUGGAUACACUAUUAUACUCCAGAGACCAAAGAACAGUCAAAACAGUGGGUUUUUGAAGGCGAAAGGGCUACAAAGAAGGCGAAGACAGUGAAAUCGGCCGGGAAGGUGAUGGCCACGGUUUUUUGGGAUACACGCGGAAUCAUCUACACCGAUUACUUGGAAAAAGGAAAAACAAUAACUGGAGAGUAUUAUGCAUCAUUAUUGCACUGGUUGAGCGAAGAAAUCAAGGAAAAACGUCCUCAUUUGAAAAAGAAAAAGAUCCUCUUCCAUCAAGACAAUGCACGGGUGCACACCUGUGCAGUUUCAAUGGCCAAAAUCACGGAAUUAAAGUUUGAAUUAUUACCACAUCCACCGUAUUCACCGGAUUUGGCCCCCAGUGACUUUUUUUUAUUUCCAAAUUUAAAAAAAUGGCUUGGUGGACAACGAUUCACGUCAAACGAGAUGGUCAUUGCCCAAACAAAUGCCUAUUUUGAGGACCUUCCGAAAUCUUACUUUUUAGAUGGCUUAAAAAAGUUGGAGAAACGCUUGGAAAAGUGUAUAGAGCUUAAAGGAGAUUAUGUUGAAAAAUAAAAAAAAAAUCUACCUAAAAUAAUUUGUUUUUCUAUCUUUUUCUAAGGACUUAUUGAACGACCCUCGUAUUUUAUCUUACAGUAAUUAUCCUAUGCUAAUUUGAAUAUUCCCAAACAUCGUUUUUGGUUUUUCCUGUAACAUGUAUUCCAUCUUCUAUCUUAUAUUCCAUCAUUGUCCAAUUAGUGUUUUAUUACAUUGAGGUUUAGAUGAAGUAAGAAUUGAGCUUAUAAAAUUGUGAUUUUUUUCAUUAAAUGUUAAUUAUCUAAAGUAAAAUGAAUGCUAAAACAUAUUCAGUUAGAUGAGAGA